AUGGCAACCACCGCGACGAUAUCCUCCCCUUCGCCGGCGGCCUCGCUCCCCCUGGCCGGCCGCGUGGCCAUCGUCACCGGCGCGUCCCGCGGUAUCGGCCGCGCCAUCGCGAUCCACCUGUCGUCCCUCGGAGCCAGCCUGGUCCUCGGCUACGCCUCCAGCUCCGAGCUGGCGGACGCGCUGGCCGCCGAGCUUCCGAGCGCCGUGGCGGUCAGGGCCGACGUUUCCGACGAGGCCGGCGUCCGUUCCCUCUUCGACGCCGUCGAGUCCGCCUUCGGCGGCGCGGCGCACAUCCUGGUGGCCUGUGCGGGCCUCGCCAUACAGACCUACCCGUCCCUGGCCACCACCGCCACCGCGGACUUCGACGCCGUCUUCGCCGUCAACACCCGCGGCGCGUUCCUGUGCCUCCGGGAGGCGGCGAACCGGCUGCGGCGCGGCGGCGGGGGCCGGAUCGUGGCCGUGUCCUCCUCGCUGGCGGCGACGCUCCUGCCCGGCUACGCGGCGUACGCGGCGUCCAAGGCGGCCGUGGAGGCGAUGGUGCGGGUCACGGCAAAGGAGCUCGGGCCCGCGCGCGUGACGGUGAACUGCGUGGCGCCGGGGCCGGUGGCGACGGAGCUCUUCUUCCAGGGGAAGAGCGAGGAGGCGGUGGAGAGGUUCAGGGCCGGGCACCCCAUGGGGCGGCUCGGAGAGGUCGACGACAUAGUGCCGGCGGUCGGGUUUCUCUGCACCGACGCUGCGGAGUGGGUCAACGGUCAGGUCAUCCGGGUUAACGGAGGCAUUGCUUAGUCAUGGCUGUGAAACAUUGAAAUCAACUUCCAUGUACUCUACCUGCAUAGGGGCUUUACUAGUCAUUCCUGUUAUCUUCCAUACAGUACACUUGAGAGUCGUCUUCUUCUCCCUAACCCUCCUCUCCUCUGACUGGAUUCUGAGGAGAGCACGAUGAUGGGCGGAGCAGUGGUACGUGUAUUUACUUUGUUUCUUCUUUCUGGAUCAACGGUGAAAUGGAAUCAAACACGAGGCUUAUUUUUA